AUGUCUGACCACCUCGACGACCACUUGGACAAAGUUGCGGAAAUCCUCGGCGUCGCGUGGGAUGUCGUCCUUGAGGGACACAAUCUACGCACUAUCAAGGAAUGGGGCCUGGAUAUAGAGAAGCCAGAUAUAGAGGAACCAGCAGUCGAAAGCUCGGGAAAGGCACCCUGGGGUCUAGGAAUUGUUCCUUUUGUCCCUCCAGGCCUUGACUUGGCCGCUGAGAACAUUCGGGCGAUCUUGAACCGCGAGCAAUGCGACCAUGCACCGCAGAUUAUGGCAAGAAUUCUGCUAGAAGCAUUCAAAGGCGCUCAGUUCAAACUCCUCACGCUUGCCGUCCGGCCUGAGAAAGCGAUCCCCCUCUUCAAGAAGGACGUGCUCUGCCAGCAGGACGCAUACAUACACACCGUCGUCACAGUCAAGUUCCCCGGCCCUAUCCCGCGCUGGUGGGUCCUUGAUUUGACCAGAAGCCAGUUCGGCUACGGUCACGUCUGGAUGCUUUUGGACACAUACUGCCAACGAUAUAAAGACCCUGGAUCCCUGAUCGCCUCGUGGGUACCCCUCAUUGUGUCGUCAGGAGGCCGCGCGCGUAAAGACCCAUUCUUCGAAGCGCUCCGCGACAGACUGUUUGCCACGUUUUGCACAACGCUGCGUGAGCAAGGCCUGCACAGCAUCCAGGAUCUGGUGAUUCUCCACCCAGAGGACGCCCGAGAGAAGGCCGACGUGCUGGUGGAGGCCCUCCGAGCGUGCACGGAGGACACGGCGGCGGAGUGGCGGGUAUGA